AUGGCAGUCCUGAUUAUAGGACGUGUGCUACAAGGGCUGGGCGGGGGCGGACUCGACGUCCUGAGUGAAGUCAUUGUCGCCGACAUAACGACUUUGCAAGAGAGGGCUAUGUAUUUCGGACUACUAUCCCUUCCAAUGGCCGCAGGAUGCAUCGCGGGUCCCAUUCUCGGGGCAGUUUUCAGUGAGUAUGUUACGUGGCGAUGGAUCGGCUGGAUUAAUCUGCCUGUGAUUGGCGUUGCCCUCUUUCUGGCUAUCUCCUUCAUGCGCCUGAAACCCAUUGACCAGUCCCUCCGCGCCCAGCUUAGCCGUAUAGAUUGGCUUGGAAUGCUUGUGUUUACAGCCGGUUGUAUUCUUUUCGCCCUCCCACUCAGUUGGGCAGGGAACAUGUACCCUUGGAGCUCCUGGCGAACGGUAGUUCCGCUGGUCAUUGGCGCGUUGAUCUUAGUGGGAUUUGCCUUUUACGAGGCUUAUCCGACUGACGCGGUGUUCCCCUACCGUAUCUUCCACUCGCGAACGGCACAAAUGACCCUACUUGGAAGCUUCAUCCAUGGCUUCGUGCUUUACACUCUUCUGCAAUAUCUUCCACUGUUUUUCCAAGCCGUCUAUCUUGAAACACCGUUCCAAUCCUCCAUCUCGAUUCUACCAUUCUGCUGUGUGGUCUUCGUCUUUACAGGAACUGCCGCUUUCGCCGUUGAUUUCUUCCGGAGAUACAGAUGGGAAAUUUGGACUGGAUGGGUAUUCCUCGCCGUUGGCUGUGGUAUCUUCUCACUGUGGGACCGAUCCUCCUCCCUAGCCAUAACUGCUAGUUUCCAGGUGAUUGCAGGAAUUGGCAUUGGCACAAUAUUCAGCGUGCCUCCAAUUCCGAUGCAAGCCAGUGCUCCGCCAGAAGACCAGGGUCUUGCAAUGGGAAUAAUGGUCGCAUUCCGGCUAUUUGGUGCUCUUAUUGGUCUUGCAAUUAGUGCCACUACAUUCAGUAGCGUUUUCACCAACAGGAUUGACGGUAUCGCACUGCCCGCUUCGGUGGCAUUUUUGAAAAAUCCCAGUGAAGCCGUGGGCUUUAUUCCCUAUCUACGAACAGUCGACGUCUCCCCUGCUGUGCGGGACCUCAUUCGAGAUGCAUACAAGGACGCCAUGCAGACAAUCUGGUAUGAACUGGCCGCAUUUGGAACUUUGGGCUUUUUGAGCUCUCUAUUCGUGGAAGAAUUGACUAUGGAGACGGAGGAACUGGGUCGGCAACAUUUUGAGGAUGCGUCAGACUGA